CAGUUUCCACAUGCAUCCAUUCACAAAUCCGAGCCGUGGAACAGUAGGAAAGUCGGGCCGGGAGAAUCGCCGCGCGUCGGACUGAUCACCUCGUCUGUCAGUUUUGAACAACUUGUUGCGCAGCUGCUAUUUCCAGCCUCCUCUGUGGUCCAUUACUGCAGGGGCUGCUCUUAUUUAGCAGCACACAGGCGCUGCUUUGUGCUUCAGUGGCUGUGUUCUGAUAUUUUCUGAUGAGGAGAAGCACAUGGAUGAAGCGGCGGCUGAUUUUCAGAAACCACGUCUCAGUGCGUAUGGGCUAUAAAAAAAGGAUGAGGCUUGACAUCGCGGACCCAGUGGAGUCAUUUUUACCUUUUUGUAUGGAUUUUUUUUAAUGAGGUGCCACAGUCUGCUGUUUGGAGUCUCUUUAAUAUGAUCUCAGAGACGGGGGAUGCGAGUCAUGGGCUGGACGCGUCCUUGUCACGGACUAGACUGGAGCCGCAGCCUCUUCUGCCUAACUUUACUCCUGUGGACCAGACGCAUGAAUGGACUGGCUGACUUCUCAAACUACCUGUCCAGGAUCAUCACCAGUCACUCUGCUCAGGCGUGUGACGGACAGCCCCUGCGACUCCACUGCCCACGUCACUCCACCAUCUCCAUCCAGUCUGCCUUCUACGGGAGCGGCGAGGCGUGGCUGUGCAAAGCAGACCAGGACCCUCAGCUCAGAGCCCACAACCACAGCUGUUCAGCUUUUACUGCUCUACAGAAGCUGCUGUCUGAAUGUCAGAGCCACAGAGAUUGCCGGCUCCCUGUCAAUCACCUGCUGUUUGGGAAGGAUCCCUGUCCUGGCACUACCAAGUACCUCCAUGUGGACUACAAGUGUAAACCCACUGAACACAAAAGACAUGUGACAUGUGAGGGGGAGGACAUGGUCCUGCGCUGUAAGCCCCCCAGGUUGCUGAACAUCUAUGCAGCUGUCUAUGGGAGAAGUCUAGGCGAGACAGACACCUGCCCCUCACACCUGACAAGACCACCCCCAUUUGAGUGUCUCAACCACGAGGCUGUACACUUGGUGUCCAAGUCCUGCUACAGCAAACAGAAGUGUGUUGUUGCCGUCAGCAACCAGACCUUUAGGGACCCCUGCUUUCCAGGAACCAGGAAGUACCUCAGCGUGAUCUAUUCUUGUGUGCCACAGACUUUGCUGAGGGAGGCAGACCCGAACAUAUUCAGCUCCACCUCAUCUCCUGCUGUGGACACAGAAAAAGUUUCUCCUGUAGAUCUAGAGGAACCUUUCUCUAAAGGGUCAAGACGGCCAGAAAACUCAGGAGCGAUGAUGAGCAACUCUCUCCUGACCUACGCCUACAUUAAAGAGCAUCCAGAAAUGGCAGCUCUGCUGUUCACCUCCAGCGUGUGUGUCGGUCUUCUGCUCACACUCCUGGCUGUAUCAGUCAGAGUGACCUGCAGAGGGCGCCGGCUCAAAGAUCACAAACUCACAUCCAAGCCUCACAGCCAGACUCCCAGCUGCCAGGGGGACAAUGAUGAUGAUGAUGACGAAGAAGAAGAAGAAGAUGGUGAUGAUGAUGAUGGAGAAGAAACGGAAAGCUCUUUAAUCUCAGCUGCAGAGAGGAAGGCAAUGUAUGGCUGGGAGGAAGUGACUUAUGUGAGCGAGGCAGCCGAGCGGGCAGAGAGGAUCGAGCGCAGAGAGAUGAUCAUACAGGAGAUUUGGAUGAACGCCUAUCUGAAUGGCAGCUCAUGUUAAAUAAACUGUGACCGAUGGAUGCUUUUAAGCACCUUCAGGAUUUUUUUCAGGAUUCUCCCAGCCUUUGAUUAUCAACAAAACAAGAAACUUUUUUUUUACACUGUAAAGCAGUUUGUUGUGAGUUUUUCCAUGUGUUUUGCAGGAGCAUUCAGUUUGUGAAGAAUGUACUGUUUAAGUAAAACUGCAGUACUUGCCAUUUUUAAAGGAUCAACAGGGUUUUAUGCUGUAAACCGGGUGGUCGCAUAAAUUCCGUAAUUGUUUAAAUAGCGUAUUUAUUGACACUCACCACCAAAUGAAGCUAAAAUUUCAGGUUGAAAAACUGUUUACUGAUACAAAAAGGGUGAAAUCACUGGACUUGACAGAAGACACAAAUUCAUUCAAGAAUAUUACUGUGCUGAUCCAUCACUGAGGGGUCUCAGAACAGCUGCAUCAGUGAAACUGAUUUAUCACUAUAAACCAAAGAACAUGUCAGGGAACGUGAUCUGUUAGAACUCCUCCAGUUUGUCUAACGGCACCAUGAAACGGUUUAAUGACUGUCAGUGAUCAUCUUUCCUAACUUUGGUAAAAAUCAGACACUUUUCCCUAUGGUAGAACUACAUUAGCGUUAAUUAAAAUUGGCAGCUGUUCAUACCAGAGACCCAAGGUUUGUGUUCCAAUUACACCUUCACCAACUUAUUACUGUAUUUCUUUAAAAGAGCCAUCUGAUUUGAAUGUACAAAAGGUGGAAUUAUCCUUUAAAUCCACUCAUUAUUUCCAGAAUGUUUUUUUUUAUGCAGUGUUCCUUUAAACCAGCCACACCUCUCUGAGUCACUUCAUCAACUUUAUUAACAGUUCUGCACAGUUCAACCAUCCAGUGAAUGAACUCACUCUGAGAUCUACAACUUCCUCCUCCCUGCUGGGACGAGAACUGGAACAACGAACGACUAUGUGGCAACUUCCUGCCUGAGAACAGCACUGACUUUCAGAGGUUUGCGUGUGUGCGUGUGUCACUGACCGGAGACAAAGAGAGGAAAGGUGCAGCAUCCUUGUCCCUGCGCUCCAAGGGAUGUAAAACA